CUUUUAUUGUUUCUGGUGAAUGUGACUGUCAACCUGCCAUUCAAACAGGUGCCAAAAAGGAGGGGCUGCUUGCACAGAAGAAGGUUUUCUCUUUCUUUCUCCCACUUCCCUAAAGAUCUGGAUCUUCUUGCGUUCCACAGGGUGCAAUUGGAUCCUAUAAUCACUCCCUGUUGUUGUUUUGCAGGGCUGGCAUUUUCCAGGAGCUGUCCUCUCAACUCUUCAGCCCCUCCACCUCAGUUAUACCUGCUACAGGUGGAUUAAGAACAAUGCCUUACACUUUCCGGAACUCGAGUCCACGGGCUCCCCCCGCCCCCCAAAGCGCUUCUGCCACUCACUCCACUGGCCAGACCUACAAGGAGCUGAAACUUGAAUGCCAGCAGAGGGGGACACUCUUUGAGGACUGUGACUUCCCAGCCAACGACGCUUCCCUUUUCUACAGUGAGAAGCCUCCCGUCCCCUUUGUGUGGAAGAGGCCUGGGGAAAUCGUUAAAGACCCACAGUUUAUUCUUGGAGGCGCCACAAGAACAGACAUUUGUCAAGGGGAACUUGGUGACUGUUGGCUACUGGCAGCUAUAGCAUCUCUUACUCUUAAUGAAAGCACAUUAGCCAGAGUAGUGCCACUCGAUCAGGAUUUUGGACCAGGCUAUGCUGGAAUAUUUCAUUUUCAGUUUUGGCAACACAAUGAGUGGCUGGAUAUUGUCAUUGAUGACCGAUUGCCCACUUUCAAAGACCGGCUGGUUUUUCUACACUCAGCUGAUCACAAUGAAUUCUGGAGUGCAUUGUUGGAAAAAGCUUAUGCCAAGUUGAAUGGAAGUUAUGAAGCUUUAAAAGGCGGAAGCACAAUUGAAGCAAUGGAAGAUUUCACAGGAGGAGUUGGAGAAAUGUUUGAAGUUAAAAAAGCUCCAGAAAAUUUCUAUGACAUCUUAAAAAAAGCUCUGAAAAGAGGUUCAAUGGUGGGCUGUUCUAUUGAUACCAGCAGUGCAGCUGAGUCAGAAGCUCGUACACCCUACGGACUUAUAAAAGGUCAUGCCUAUUCAGUAACAGGUAUUGAUGAGGUGGACUACCAAGGCCAGAAGGUGAAGCUCAUUCGAGUUAGGAACCCAUGGGGUCAAGUGGAAUGGAAUGGCCCUUGGAGUGACAAUUCUCCUGAAUGGCGUUCCGUCAGCCCAUCUGAGAAAAAACGUUUGUAUCAGACAGCCCUAGAUGAUGGAGAGUUCUGGAUGAAGUUUGAUGAUUUCCAGUCUCAUUUCGACAAAGUCGAGAUCUGCAACCUGACGCCUGACGCCCUUGAGGAUAAUGCAGCACAUAAAUGGGAGGUGAUAGUUCACCAAGGCAGCUGGGUCAGGGGGGCCACGGCUGGAGGCUGCAGAAACUUCAUAGAAACAUUUUGGACAAAUCCACAGAUCAAGCUCCAGCUGACAGAAAAAGAUGAUGGUCAAAAUGAAUGCACAUUUAUAGCCGCUCUAAUGCAAAAAGACCGCCGUAAACUCAGGAAGCAGGGAGCUGAAAUGCUAACCAUAGGUUAUGCCAUCUAUGAGAGCCCCAGUAACGACGAACAGUUGACGAAGGAUUUUUUCCGCUACCACGCAUCCAAGGCCAGGAGCAAAACCUACAUCAACUUAAGGGAAGUCUCUGACCGAUUUGCGCUGCCACCUGGGGAUUACGUUGUUGUCCCUACCACGUUUGAGCCACACCAGGAGGCGGAUUUCUGCCUGAGGAUUUUUUCUGAGAAGAAAGCUGUCGCGAAGGAGAUGGAUGGAAAUGUUGACAUUGAUCUGCCAGAGCUUCCUGAACCAUCUCCACCCCAAGAAGAAACAGAAGAAGAGAAGCAAUUCCGGACAUUGUUCCAACAGAUUGCAGGAGAGGACAUGGAGAUCAGUGCAGAGGAACUUGAAUAUGUUUUGAACGCCGUACUGAAAAAAACAAAUAACGUCAAAUUCAAGAAAGUAACUCUCCUCUCGUGUAGAAACAUCAUUUCCCUAAUGGAUGCCAGUGGAAAUGGGAAACUUGAAUUCAACGAGUUCAAAAUUUUCUGGGACAAACUGAAGAAGUGGAUUGGUAUUUUCCUUCAUUUUGAUUCUGACCACUCUGGCACCAUGUCUUCCUAUGAACUUCGUCUUGCUUUAAAAGCAGCAGGGUUUCAGCUCAAUAAUUAUCUACUGCAGUUGAUGGUUCUGAGGUACUCUGAUGAUCAAUACCAGAUUGAAUUUGAUGACUUCUUAAACUGCCUCAUUCGCCUGGAAAAUGCAAGCCGAGUGUUCCAAGCACUAAGUGUGAAAAACAGAGACUUCAUUAACCUGAAUAUAAGUGAUUUUAUCAACUUGACAAUGAACAUCUGAAGACAUCCAAUCUGGGUUUCAGCCAAUCUUCUAAGUGCCUCUCAAAAUAAGUUUGGAAUGUUCCUCCCAUGGUUGAAAACAUCACAGACUUCCUGCAUCUUCUACCCUUUCUUAUAUUGGCCCUCAACACUACCAGAACUGCUUUGAAGCCAUUUUGGCAUAAAAGGGGUGUAAUAAAGUACCUGUUUAAAAGAAAACAACAAAUAUAGAUAAGUAUUUAACU